GUGACGUAGAAGUGUCGCGCCGUUGGUGAUUCCGGAAGAAACAAGAGUGUGGCGUGAACAUGGGGAAGCAAAAGAAAACAAGGAAGUAUGCGACCAUGAAGCGAAUGCUUAGUCUCAGAGAUCAGAGGCUGAAAGAAAAGGAUAGGUUAAAACCUAAAAAGAAACAAAAGAAAGAUCCCAGUGCACUCAAGGAAAGAGAAGUCCCCCAACACCCUUCCUGCCUAUUCUUCCAGUAUAACACACAGCUGGGCCCACCUUACCACAUCCUGGUUGAUACCAAUUUUAUCAACUUUUCCAUUAAAGCCAAACUAGACUUAGUUCAGUCAAUGAUGGACUGUCUGUAUGCCAAGUGUAUCCCUUGUAUAACUGACUGUGUAAUGGCUGAAAUUGAGAAACUGGGGCAAAAGUAUCGAGUGGCUCUAAGGAUUGCCAAGGAUCCAAGAUUUGAACGAUUACCAUGCACACACAAAGGAACCUAUGCAGAUGACUGCUUAGUACAGAGAGUAACUCAGCACAAGUGUUACAUUGUGGCUACGGUGGACCGGGACCUUAAACGAAGAAUCAGGAAAAUCCCCGGAGUUCCCAUCAUGUACAUUUCUAACCAUAGGUACAACAUUGAGCGGAUGCCAGAUGAUUAUGGAGCCCCUCGAUUCUAAUUCUUAAAAG